GAUCAACAUAAUGUACUGUUUGCAAUUCCCGAUUGGCAACUCGAGUCGUUGUCGCUUUAAGAAAACAGGCGUGUUCAAAUUCCGUUCGACCUCAUUUAUUGGGCAGAGGAAAGGUUUUCGCAAACUGAAAAGUUGUGAACAGCUGCCGAAGGACACUAGUCAGAGUUAAAUAAAAAGCAGGUGCAGAGCAGAGACGAGACGAGACCAUAACACACUCAGACUGAGUUACUGUGGGUCGUGGUGCUGGAGCGUGUUUUGUGGGGUUUAGAUCAACAUUUGGUCGUGUAUCUAACUUUUUUUUUUAACAUUUGAUUUCGUCACUAUGAGUUUUCACGGCAAGCGAAGCGUGUGCUGCUGGCUUCUCCUGGUUUGCAUUUUCUAUUUCACUUGCCUGCACGGCUCCAACGCGAGUUCAUUGUGGACCGCUUAUGUGAACAUUUCCUUCGUCGAUCCGCAGACCAACAAGACAGUGUGGGAGGAUGAGGAAAGUGGACUCUAUGGACAGAAUUCGGACAUUACCAACGCGAACGGGAUAGUGGUUUUGCCAGACCCGCUGCACGGCUGCUCGGAACACACCGUGUAUGAUGUACCCGAAUAUGCAAAGAAAAAGUGGAUAGCCUUGGUUCAGCGGGGAAAUGGAUGUACAUUUACCGAGAAAAUCACGCAGGCUGGUUUUCGGGGUGCUGUUGCGGUGGUAAUCUUUAACUACCCCACUUUGGGAAAUGAAGUCAUUGAAAUGUAUCACCCAGGGGCGAAGGACACAGUCGCCAUCAUGGUUGGCAACAGCAAGGGCAUGGAGAUCAUGCAGCUGAUCCACAGCGGGAUCCAGGUCACCCUGACCAUCAAGGUGGGCAAGCAGCAUGGCCCCUGGAUGAGCCACUACUCGGUUUUCUUCAUCUCCAUCUCCUUCUUCAUCGUCACCGCUGCCACCGUGGGAUACUUCAUCUUCUACUCUGCCCGUCGGCUCCACACCUCCAGAGCGCUGAACAGGAGACAGAAGCAGCUCAAAGCGGAUGCCAAGAAAGCCAUCGGCCAGUUGGAGGUCCGAACUCUAAAGCCAGGCGACAAGGAGAUUGGAGCAGACGCGGACAGCUGUGCGGUUUGCAUCGAGGUCUACAAACUGAACGAUGUCGUGCGCAUAUUAACCUGCAACCACCUGUUCCACAAAACCUGCAUUGACCCUUGGCUUCUGGAACACAGAACCUGCCCCAUGUGUAAAUGUGACAUCCUGAAGGCUCUGGGCAUUGAGCCUGAUGAUGAGGAAGCUAGUGAGCCAGUUCAAAGUGUGCCAGUGCUUAGCAGCGCCCCUGAAAGCAGCGCCCCGCUCCCCACAGAGGAUAGCCUCAGUGAGACCGCCUCAUCGGGGUACGCCUCUGUACAUGAAGUGGACGAGCGCGUGUUGGAGGAAGAGAAUCCGAUUCCAGCGAACAGCGUGGUGAGGAUGGAGGUGCUCCCACACUACGACAACCUCACCUUUGAAACGGAGGAAGGUGCCCCUCGCUAUGACAACCUGCAGCAAGUCCAGACCUGAGCUGCUUCAUGCACAGGAGUUUCAGGAUGCUGCUACCAUGGGACCAGGCGCACAAAUCAGUCGCACCCUUAUCUCCUGGAAAUGCUCUAUCGUGACGCUGAUGUCACUAAACCAAUAAUUAACUGUAGGUUUGACCUACUCUUAAAUCAGGGAUGUAUUAGAGUUUGAGAUGGUUAAAACGAGGAUCUAAUUUAUAAAAACCCUAAAAGCAAAACCUUUGCUCAUGCAUUGAUUUUAUUUUAUUAAUAUUCUAUGCACUUGCUUCAUGUAUAUAGAAUGACUAGAAAGUGGACAUGUUUGCAUAGGCUAAAGGGCUUUUAAGGAUUUUUAUUGUUUAAUUGUAUGUAAAUUUAUUAUACAAUUAUCUCGUACUGAAAUUUCAGGCUUUGCGAAAAAAACAUUCGUGGAGCAGUAAUAAAUGCAAUGUGUUUUUUAAUGGUUCUGAAUCAACUAAUCUUUGCCAUUUAAGUGGCACACAUUGUUCCUGUCUCUGUUUAGAUAAGUUCAUGUGAACUUAAAUGUUUAUAUAUGGUUUGUCCAAAUGGUGGUGGUUGUGUGUGGGGGUGUUUUUUUUUAAACCAGUCCCAGCGUUUUGCCUCCAGAGAGGGAUCUGUCCAGUUCAAACUGGCACCCCUGUGGUUCAAUCUAUUGGUCUGUUUUGCAGUAAAAGGGCAUCAGCAAUACUGUAAGGGACAAAGUAACUUUUGGUUUUAAAGCUAUACAGUUUAAUUUUAAAAGCAUUAUAUUGGUAACUAUUGUAAAUAAAAGAAAAAAAUACAUUAAAUAAAUUUGAAUAGGCGUCUGCUUUAGUCAGGGCUAUGGUACCAGAACAAGAUGCAAUGGCACCUGUGCUUAAAACAGCAAUGCUGCCCCCUGCAGAGCUGUUCUUUGUUUGUGUUCUUCAUAACACCUAUUCUGGGUUUUAUUGUGUGUGUGUUUUUUUUCUUUUUUUUUUUUUUGGCGAGUCCUUCGUAUCCUUAUCGUUUUUAUGCUUCACAUUUAAAAUGCACAGCAGCACCGAUUUUGGUACGUAACCGAAGCGCGUCCAAUUCCUGAGCACAGGCUUACAUUUGUUUGAUUCACUUUAUCUGUUUACUUGAUUGCCUUAACUUUUUGAAACCACAUGUGUUUUUUUUUGUUUUUGUUUUUGUUUUUCCAAAUCCAGACUGCCUGCACUUUAUUUAAGCUGUCCUCUGUAUUGUAAUAUUGUUGUGACGUUCAUCUGUAAUGUUACUGUGAGAUCAGGAAGAUGGGACUCCUUUUCGUCUCUUUCCACAUAGCUACGGCACCACAGUGGACUGGCUUAGACAUGUACUCCAAAGUAUUUCUAUCAAUCAGAAAGACUUCGUAUUAGUUCUCUUUCCUGCUAUAUCUAUCUGUCAAGAGUAGGGUAUUUGAUAACUGAUGUACAUAUAAUUAAAGCUUUAUAAUAAAGUAAAAUCCACACUCAAACAAAUUGUAAAUAAAUUCCUUCACUAUUAAA